AUGCCAUACGAUCCACGCUUAGCCGGAGCAGGCACUGCGGCUCAGGGAUCCCCAGCACCUCCCCCUCCGCCUUCAGAGGCAGCUGCAGCUACAGUUGCUGCACAAAGCUCCACAGAGCAAACAGCCUCACACAAGCUCCGUUUUUGCACCGUUUGUGCAUCAAACCAGAACCGCUCGAUGGAGGCACACCUGCGUCUAUCCACUGCAGAGUCGCCUUUCCCAGUAAUCUCCUUUGGCACGGGAUCCUUAGUCCGUUUGCCAGGCCCCUCCAUCACCCAACCUAAUGUCUAUAACUUCAACUCAACCUCCUACUCCCAAAUGUACGAUGAGCUCCUGUCGAAAGACGAGCGUCUGUACCGCAAUAACGGAAUCCUAAACAUGCUCGACCGCAACCGCAACGUCAAGUGGGGGCCUGAGCGCUUCCAGGACUGGGUGCCUGGCUUGCCGAGGGUAGAUCAUGUCUCUAAGGGUGACAAGGGCGCACUCGGCACGGAGGGGGGUGUAGUAGACGUCAUCAUCACCUGCGAGGAAAGAUGCUGGGACGCUGUCGUCGACGAUCUCAUGAACAAGGGCUCUACGCUGAACAAGCCCGUGCAUGUUUUCAAUGUGGAUAUCAAGGAUAAUCACGAAGAGGCUCUUGUAGGCGGAAAGGCCAUCCUCGAACUAGCCACGCGCCUAAACGAAGUCGCCAUACAGGAACAAACGGCCCUUGGCGCAGGCGGAUGGGAAAACGGGACCGGUGACGCUAGGAGGAGCUUCGAUGAAAAGGUUCCCGAGGUUCUUGGGUCAUGGCAGGAGAAAUGGCCUAACUUGCCGGCAUUGUGGACUUUGGCUUGGUUAUAG